CCUAAGCUAAGAGCUCACACAUCCUCCUUACAUGUGUCACAUACUCUCAACUUCACUCCUUUCAUUUUUCUCUCUCAUCCAUAAUUAACAAAUCAACACUUGAACUAAAAACUAGGACUCUUACAUCUCUUCUCACCAUACAAACAAUAAACUUCUUCUACUACAAAAAAAACAAAAUCAAAUUUGUCAUCUCCUUCAUUUUUAUCCAUUACUAUCUUUCUUCUAUUUCAUAUAGUCUCCUUUUACAUCUUACAUUGCAUGUACAUACUUUUUUUUUUUUUUUUGAGUUCCCAUUUAUAUCAUUCUUGUUCUUUUCAUAGAAUUAAUAAUCUUUAAUAAAUUUUGUCUAGGAAUAUUUAUUUUGUUUAUUUAUAAUUCUUUUUGUUAUUAUCAUAUCAAAGGAAGUGAUUAUAAUGGCUUUGAUUGUAGAUCCACAAUCAAACUUCAAACACUUUUGUAAAAUUUGCAAAAAAGGGUUCAUGUGUGGAAGGGCAUUAGGAGGGCAUAUGAGGGCUCAUGGAAUAGGAGAUGAGAGUGGGGCCCUAGAUGAUGAUGACCCGGCUAGCGACUGGGAGGACAAAGGUGGUGGUGGUGGUGGUGGUGGUGGAGGAGGCAAUACACCACCAAGCAAUAAGAGAAUGUAUGCCCUAAGGACAAACCCUAAUAGGUUAAGGAGUUGUAGGGUUUGUGAAAAUUGUGGGAAGGAGUUUUUGUCAUGGAAAUCUUUCUUAGAACAUGGUAAAUGUAGUAGCUCGGAUGAUGCGGAAUCCCUUGUGUCUUCCCAUGGUGGAUCAGACGGCGAGGAUGAUGGUGGUGGUGGUAAUAAUAAUAAGAGGGCAUCCGGCUCCGGAUGGUCUAAAAGGAAGAGAUCAUUUAGGACAAAAGUUGGGAGUUUGACACCUAAUUGUCCAUCUAGUGAAGAGGAAGACCUUGCAAAUUGCUUAAUGAUGUUGUCAAAUGCCACAGUAGACUACCCUUUGGGCGCGGAUCAAUCAGAAGAGUCGUGUGCCUCUGCAAGUAAGGAGGAGGCCGAUAUAAGGAGACAUUCAUCCAUUAGCUUCCUUAAUGCUACAUACAUGUCAAGCUCAAGGGGAACAACAACGUCGUCUAAUUAUGAUCUUAAGGCUAAAGGUGUGGUGACUACUACUUCUAACAACCCUAACUCUAAAGGUUUAUUUGAGUGUAAGGCAUGCAAGAGAACAUUCAACUCCCACCAAGCAUUAGGUGGCCAUAGAGCUAGUCACAAGAAAGUUAAAGGUUGUUACGCGGCGAAGAUGGAUCAAGUACUAUAUCAAGAUCAUCAUUGUUCUAUCAAUAAUAAUGGAGAUAAUGAAGAUAAUAAUCUUGCUGUAUUAGGAAGUGAUCAAGAUCAUUUAAUUACCAAAUCAUGUACAACAUACCAAUUGGAAAAUAAUUAUGGGGCUUCCCCUAGCUUGCCACUAGUAAUCUCCAAGAGGCCAAAAUCCAAAGUCCAUGAAUGUUCAAUUUGUCAUAGGGUUUUUUCUUCAGGACAAGCAUUAGGUGGUCACAAAAGAUGCCAUUGGAUUACCUCUAAUAAUGCUCCGGAUGCUUCAACUUUAGCAACAUUUCAACAACUUCAUGACCAAAUAGAUCAACAACAACAAAGAGUAGUACCCAUGUUCGCUCCUCAACACUCAAUCUCCGAGCAAAAGGCAUUGGAUCUCAAUUUUCCCGCGCCGCCUAAUAAUGAUCCUUUGAGCUUCCAUGUCGUCUCAACUGAUAUCCUUUUAAAAUCUUGGGGUAGUAAUGGUGGUGUUAAUCUUGAUAUAAAGUGUCAAGAGGGAAACUAUCAACAAAUUCAGGGUGAUCAUGAUGAGCCAGAGAAGAACAAGAAAACAAAUUACAAUAAUCAUAAAUUCAAUACGCCCAAUAUUAUUAAUAAUGUUGAUGAUGAUGAGGCAGAUAGUAAGCUCAAGUUAGCAAAGUUAUGUGAGCUUAAGGAUAACACUAAUGGUACCUCUUCUCCUUGGUUGCAGGUGGGGAUUGGAACAACUAAUGCAGUUAAAGCCAAUCCAUAAACUAUAUUACUAUGGACUAUGGACUAGAUUAUUUUAACUUCAAAAAUGCCAUGAAAAUUAUUUUAGGUAUAUCUUCAAAUUCAUACUGUAAUUAUAUAUAUAUAUAUAUACUCAUCAACAUCCACUUCACCAUCGUGAAGGGAAAAAAAACACA